AUGACCCGCAUCGUCUCGCUCCUCUGCGCUGUGCUCGCCGCCACCGCCUCCGUCUCCUCCGCGUGGCCCACCUCCAAGGGGAGCGUCCGCUUCAACGGCGUCAAGAUCAUCAAGAAGGGCGAGACCUUCGACGGAGGCAUGAAGACCUACCAGCGCUCCGACAUCAAGUGCAAGGACCAGUCCGAGGGCGGCUGGAGAGACGCCGUCUUCAAGCUCGAGCCCGGCGCCAAGCUCAAGAACGUCAUCAUCGGACCCGACCAGCGCGAGGGCGUGCACUGCGACGACAACGACUGCACCGUCGAGAACGUCUGGUGGGAGGACGUCUGCGAGGACGCGCUGAGCAUCAAGGGCGGCAACAAGAACAGCGUCACCAACGUGCUGGCGUGCGGCGCCAAGAACGCCGACGACAAGGUCAUCCAGCACAACGGCUACGGCCACGUCAACAUCAACGGCUUCUACGCCGAGAACUUCGGCAAGCUCUACCGCUCGUGCGGCACCUGCGGCAACAUCAAGCGCACCGUCUCGCUCAACCACGUGUGGGGCAACAACCCCAAGGUGAGCCUCGUGACCGUCAACGCCAACAACGGCGACGUCGCCACCUUCACCAACGACAUCCACGUGCACACGAGCAAGGGCGUCAACGCCGUGUGCCAGACCACCACGUCCACGAACGGCAAGGAGCCCAAGGUCACGAGCAAGGGCCCGUCCAAGAACUGCGUCUUCAACAAGGACAAGAUCGAGUUCUACUAG